GCGCCUCCUGGGCUCGUCACUCACUUCGAUCCUCCGCAAUUCUGCAUAUUGUCUCGUCCGUCUCUCUUUUCUCCUUAUCCACACUCGUUAGAACAAACAUUGAAGCAGCCACAGCUUUCAGUCGCUUUGCCAGUCUUAUUCUUCUUUUCCCUUCUCUUCUCACGCUCAUUUCUCCGCCCUCUUCCAGCACUCCGAAGAUACGGCCGCUGUUUCAAAUCUUCAAGACAUAUCUUGCGCAAGUCCCCACGCCGUAAUCAGCACAGUCUCGUCAUCUACACCCUUCUCCAUCUCCGACACCUUUUUGGGACAAAUCAGGGCAGCUGGUACGCCCUGUUGAUGCAGCAAUGAUUCGCGAUCAUGGCGUUGGAAUCGGCAUCAUCAACGGUGGCUUGGAAUCCGCCGCUAACCACGCCACGAUCCACGGCCACAUGAGCCCGGACUCGCCUCCCGGCAUGACCACGUCCAAGAGCAGCAAAUCGUCGUCCUUUCAUUCGCUAAACAGUGACGAUGCCAGCGUCCUGGCAGACGCCGGUCACUUCGAGGACAUUGGCUUGGGCGACGACAGCCUCACGCCCAAGGCCAAGCCUGCCUCCAACGCCUCUCGUGGGCCGCGAAACCUCGCCUCGGCCAAACGAGCACCACGCCCGAAGCGGUCCUUUCCCAGCCUCAAUGGCGCUUCUACGGGCUCGAACCCGCGCAGCACGAAUCUCUCGACCGUCUCCGACCCGCGGCCCACGACCCUCACCAAGGGAUACUCGACGUCCUCGGUCCCCCAGUCGCGCCGCCACCGCAGCACCAGCCCGGCCAUGGCGCUGGAUCCUCGCGAUGUCAAUCUCCCCUCCCGCCCACGUCGAGGCAGCUGGCAGGUGAGCCGAGACCGCAAGUCCACCUCGGAGUUGGAGCAGGAAUGCGACGACGACGAUGACGACGACGACAUCCCCGACGGCCUGUUCCUCGACAACGUGCCCAUCUCUCCGCGUCCAGCCAGCCAGCGACCCAUCAGCCGGUCUCCCUCUGUCAAAUCCUUGUCGCCAUCGCCCGACCGCCGCAAGAACCGAGUCCGCAGUGUCGGCAACGGCACGCCUCCCGUAGCCCAGGCGCAGGGCUCGUUGCGGUCUCCCACCUGGAAGACGGACGGCGACAGACCGCUCCCGAGCCCCCUCAGCGGCAAGGCCCGCAGCUGGAGUGUCGCGCUGGCCGAUUUGAACGCGGAUACCAAGGAUCUUGUGGAAAAGCUGGAGGAGCAUGCCGACGAGAUGGAGCAAAUUCAGGCCAAGAAACACGGCAUCAUCCCGCGGCCGAACACCUGGAAUCCGAACCAUUCGGCAAAAGUGGACUACGACAAGAAAAAGGAGCGUGUUAAGUCGUCUUUUGCGGAGCUGCCACCGCUGCGCCGCUCCAACAUUAUGAUUGACCCGCUUCCCAUUUCCAAGGAGAAAGAAGCCGUCCUGAGCCGCACUCGACCGUCUUGGCUGCCGCCCAAGGAUCCUGCCGAAGAACGGCGCCAUUUACGCGAGUACCAGAAGAUGAUGGCCGCCAGUGUCAAGGCGGAGGAGCGGCGGGAGGCAGCGCGAAAGACCAAGGCCGAGUCCAAGGACAACAAUGCCGACAAGGCCAUGCACAUCUGGGAAGAUGACAUCCUCCCGCGGUGGAACCAGGCCAUACGCGAGAAGGCAACGAGAGAGCUCUGGUGGAAGGGAGUGGCGCCUCGCAGUCGGCGAUCCGUAUGGGCCAAGGCGAUUGGAAACGAGCUUGGCCUGACGGAGGCAUCCUUCAAGGCGGCUUUGACCCGAUCAGAAGAGCUGGAGCAGAGAGUCAAGACGGACAGGGGCGAUGCCGAGGACAUGAGGCGGGUCAAGUGGUUUGAGCAGAUCCGCAAAGACGUCGCCGAGAAGACGUGGAGGGAGCUUCGCAUCUUUGAAGUGACAGGCCCGCUGCACCAGGGCCUGGUAGAUGUGCUGAGGGCGUAUGCCAUGUACAGAAACGACAUUGGCUACGUGUCGGGCUGCAAUACCAUAGCCGCCCUCCUGUUGCUCAACUUACCGAACCCCGAAUCAACCUUUAUCGCCCUCGCUAACGUCCUGAACCGACCUCUCCCCCUAUCUUUCUACACCUUUGACCGCGGCGCGCAAGCAUCAGCAUACCACCUCGUGCUCGAAUCGCUCAAGGCCAAGUCGAGUUCCCUAUACGAGCACCUGACCAAGACGGUACGGGGCGUCCAGCUCGACCACUAUCUCGCCACCAUCUUCACCAACCUGUUUACUGCGCAUCUGGCCAUUGACGAAGCAGCGAGACUGUGGGAUGUGUACGUCUUCGAGGGCGACACUCUUCUGGUCCGGGCGGCCGUUGCCAUUCUCCUCAGCCGAGAGAUGGAUCUGCUGGGAAGCAAGACUGCCGAUGAAGUGAUGGCUGUCUUGUCCAAGACUAGCGCAGGCGCUUCGUCUACACGAGCACUGAGCGAAGUUGGCGCCGAGGAUCGAUUUAUGCAAAGCGUCCGCGAUGCUGGAAAGCACUAAGCGAUUGCCUCUUUUUUACUUUUGUUCUCAUCUUUCUGCUAUACCAAGACAUAGAGAAGCAGUGCGCUCCGUUGUCGUCUUCUUGUCCUU